CGCAGUUCUGAUGACGCAUGCCGAUGUCGCUUCCGGCUCCCGCUCCACUUCCGCUGGUUGCUCGGCUACCGGCGCGGCCUGGCGUUGCUAUGGAGCCCGAUCCUAAAGGGUGCUACGUGCUGAGCAACCUCGCGGAGGUGGUGGAGAGGAUCCUGAGCUUCCUGCCGACGAAGGCGCUCCUGCGCGCGGCCUGUGUGUGCCGGUUAUGGAGAGAGUGUUCCCGCAGAAUCCUGAGAACCCAGCAGAGUGUUGCCUGGGUCUCCGCAGUGGAACCAGGGCCAUCAAGCAGUCAUGCUCUGGUUCAGGUGUUAGCAGAGGAGCUUGAGAAGGUUCAGGUGCUGCCCCAGACAGUGUUGUAUAUAGCAGAUGCAGAGACUUUCAGUGAACACGAAGAGUGUCACGGCCACAGGCAGAAGAAAGCACGAAGAAGAAAUAGCAAAGAAACAGCCACUGCCUUAGAAAAACUAUUGCCCAGACGAUGCCAAGUCCUUGGUCUAGUGACACCUGGAGUUGUAGUUACUCCAAUGGGGUCUCGCAGCAAUCGGCCUCUGGAAGUUGAAGAUGGUGAAGCUGGCUUUGCAAUAUUGUUCCCCAAGAUUGAUGGGGUGAAGAUUCAGACCUUCCACUUUUGUAAAGACUUGAAGACCAGGGUCCUUGAUGAAAGCCAAUUUGCUGAAGCAGGCCUGAAGAAUAACCCUGAUCUCAGAGUGGUUCUUUUGUUUGGGUACAACACAUGGAAGUCAGGAGGAACCCGAUUUCUACACCAAAUAGUCAAUCGCUUGAAUGAAAAAAGCAUCGUCUUGGCUGGGGGACAUGUGGAGAGCUUUACAUCUCUAACUGCUGAGAAUAACACUCAAGCUGCUGAUUCUUGUGGUGUUGUUGGCUUGGCUUUCAGUGGACCCCAGAUCCAGAGUGCUACUGUCCUGUUAGAUCAGGAUGUAAUUGAUGAGAGGACAGCAGAAGCAGCAGUGCAGCGCCUCAAAGCCACAAACAUUCCUGAACACAAUAGCCUUGGUUUUAUGUUCGCAUGUGUUGGCAGGGGAUAUCAACAUUAUAAAACCAAACAGAAUCUUGAGGCUGAUGCUUUUAGGAAGUUCUUUCCUAACAUUCCCCUCUUUGGCUUUUUUGGACAUGGGGAGAUAGGAUGUGAUCGAAUUGUGACCGGGAAUUUUAUACUCCGAGAGUAUAAUGACACAAAGGAUGACUUGCUCCAUGGUUACACCACUGUAAUGACUAUUAUCCACCUGGGUUCAGCCAAAGCAAAUCAAGCUUAAACCUUUAGUUGUAAAUGUACACCAGAGAAACCAUGCUGUUUUAAUUCCAGCAAUGUAAAAACAAAACAAAAUCUGAAACACUGUACACACUUCCAACAGAAGUGGAUACUGAAACAAUUGUAAUCACUGAACCAUUGACUUGGGGUGUCUAGGUGACAUAAUAUUAAAUUAAAUUUGAUGAAGAAGAAAGGUUUUUAAUUUCAGAUUUGUCAGAUCUCUGGUAAAGGGUUAUAGUCAACUAACUUUUUACUGAUAGUAGACCCACUGAAAUCUAACUAAAUGAUGGCUACUAAUUUCAUUGGAUAUAAUCUGAGUAAAUGUAAGUUGAAUAUAACCCAAAGGAUUCAUUUAUUUUUAAAUGCAAAUUAUUUAGGUCAAAAUUAAGUGAACUCAUAUCUUUAGAAGUAACAUAAAUAGCAUUUCUGCAUGCAGUUUAUGGACCAGAUUUUGACACAACAAUCAAGUUAAGCAUUAAACAACAUUCAGUUAUUAUU